AUGGGCAAUUCGCAGUGGAGGCCCGAGGCAUACAGCUGGUUCUACCAGGUUACCAUCAUCAUCGGCCUUCCCUACACUCCGGUCCAGGAAGAGCAGGACAAGUCCAUCAAGAAGAUGAUGGACAACAUUGGCAACUUGACUUUCACGGUUCUUUCGAGCAGCAACGUCGAGCACUUGCUGGAGCAGCUCGGUGAAGAGCUGAAGGCGGCGCUCGUGUUGGCUCUACAGGUGGGGAUGGUGGGGUACUUGUUCUUCGGCAUUCUGCUCGCGGGCAUUCUGCUCAUGCAGAGCUUUGGUGUCUUCCCAAAGUCCUCUGCAAACCUGGACCAGAUGCCGCCGGUGAAAGCAGAGUAUGCUUGGAAGGACAUCGUCAGUGGAGACACAAUGUGCUCUGACUCCUACCCCCACUCUUUGAUUUUCGACGGCGCUGUCCUCGAAGUGAGAGGUCGACCCACCAGUAUGGACAUUGUGGACGCUUUCCAACUUCGCGAGGUUCAGAUGACCAAGCAGGAGUUCAUGGCUUGGGCGGAGAAUUUCCUCGCGAAGAUCACAGACAAGCUCACCGAGAGCGGCAAGGAGGACCGCAUUGCCGGCUUCAAAAAGGGUGCCGCGGACCUAGUCAAGUUCAUCGUGGGCAAGUACGACCAGUUCAAAAUUUUCGCUGGCCCCAGCUCCAACCUGGAUGCAUCCUUCGCCUUCGCCUACCAGAAGGAACCGGAGGACAAAGGCCUCACUUUUCUUUACUUCCGUGACGCCAUGAAAAUGUCGUGGAACACCCACGGAGCAUCUUCUUUUGCUGAGAAGCUAGUGUCAGUGUGGCCGCGUGGCUUUUAA